UGGAGGGAGCUCCACACGCCGCGGAUGUGAUCCGGUCCGGCGGCCGGUUCGCUGCUGCUGCUGGCGGCCGCACUUCACGGCAGCUUGCUCGCUCCCUCCGCCGGCUCCUUGGUCGGUUCCUCGGUCGGUGUCACGUUGAUCCGUCGAAGAUGCGCCCGGUGCCUCCGGUGCUGCCAGCGGGUCCCCGGUGUCGAUGAGUCGCUCGUGCACCGAGGGAAGUUUCCCUCCUGCGACCUGAGGCGGAUCGUUGUGCACGAAUCUCUUCACGCGCACGGCACGAUGGUGUGAGGCUGCUGAAUGAGGCCGCCCGGACAAACAUGAUGGAGGAGGCUGCCAGCCAACUCGAGAGGGAACACGUGCACAGCGUCUACGACAAGAUCGCUCCGCAUUUCAACGACAGCCGCUACAAGGCCUGGCCCAAAGUGCGGCAGUUCCUGCUGGACCUGCAGCCGGGAAGCAUCGUUGCCGACAUCGGUUGUGGCAAUGGCAAGUAUCUCCACAUCAACCAGGAGGUGUUCAAGCUGGGGUGUGACGUUUGUCGCCCCCUGGUGGACGCUGCCUGGAGCCAAGGCCACGAGGUGCAGAUGUGCGACGGGCUGCGCUUGCCUUACAGAGACGGCUGCUUCGACGCCAUGCUCUCUAUCGCAGUCAUCCAUCACCUGUCCACCAAAGAGCGGCGUAUUCGAGCAAUAAGGGAGAUGGCCCGCACCCUGCGAGUGGGCGGACGCAUCAUGAUCUACGUGUGGGCCAUGGAGCAGAAGCGUCGUAAAUUUGAGAAGCAGGACAUCUUUGUGCCGUGGAACCCCAACCCUCAAGGUCCCGUCAAGUCCAGGAGGAGGGCCACGGCACAGAGUGUGAGCGAAGCCAUAGACAACGCCGACAAGCACAGGAAGGUUAGAAGCACAUCCUCCGUGGCGGACGAGGAAGACCUGACCAGCGCCACGCCGCAGCACAGGACGCAGAGACUGUGGUUCUUCUCCCGGUCUCUGGACUCUGUGUUCGACUUUGGGAGUUUAACCCUCUCCCGCUCGUCCUCCAGGGAGCUGAGCACUUUGUCCUCGCCCACGGGAGAGAGCGAGGGGACCAAGGCGACGCAGCGCGGGAGAGGGCGCGGCCUCAUCAAGCAGGUGUCCAGCUUCUUCUAUCCUGCGUCUGUGCUCGGAUCGGAGGAGGACGUCUUCGACCCGGUCACAGACCUGCACAAGGCCCCACACGAUCGGGGAGGCAACUACAACAACAACGCGGCUGGCAGCGAAGGCCCAGACAACCAGAGUGUCUCAUUGUCUUUAGCCCAGGAGUGUGGCUCCCUGGCCCUGCCGGACCUGGUGCCUUUCCAGAGGGGGCAUCUCAAACAGUCUGUAGACGUGGGCGAAGGAGGGCCAGCGGGGAAAGAACGCCAGGAAAGCACACAGAGUCCUCAGGGGAGCGAGGGACAGCUGGAGGGCUCCUGUCUGAGGUACUACCACGUCUUCAGGGAGGGAGAGCUGGCAGCGCUGAUAGAGAACCACGUGGAGGAGCUUCACGUCACACACACUUACUUCGAUCAUGCCAACUGGUGUGUGGUGGCCGAGAAGGUCCAGUUGUGGAAAAUAUGAUUUCUAACCCGUUUGAUUUUUUACUUUGCAUCAACUCUGCCUCAAGUUUUAAUAUUGAAGCACACAUUUUAUGAUUAUUAGAAUUUUUUAACUGGAAAAGGUGUCGAAGUGCAGAUGUAGUCAUUGUUGAAGACACUGUACUAUACCAUGUUUUUUUUAUUUAUUAUUAGGUAUUUAUUAAAUUUCAAUAAUUGAAACCAACAAGCAGUAUCCAUGUUUCUAGUGUAUGCUCCCUUUUAAUGUCAAUAAUCAGAUUUUAUCAUCUUCCCAAAGCAAUUUCCAGGAUUUUAACCUUUUAAAAAAAGGGAAUUUCUUCAGUGGAGAUGUUAUGAAAUGUUGUUUUUACUCUAUGGACUAAAUAGUAGCCAAAGGGGAAUUUGUGAGGCCACAGCAGGGGGGCGGGGAACCUUCUCCUAUCAAGAUUCAUCUCAGUUUUUAAAACACCCUUCAAGCCCCAUAGGUGUCCUACAUUCCUAUAUACACUACAUACGCACUGUUUUGUCAGGGACAUCAGCUGCUUCCAUAAUAAAAGGGAGGGGGGGGGGGCACUCUUUUGUUUACUUUUCACGUCUGGAAACUUCUCAGCAAAAUGCUUGAGGGAGUUUUGCUCCUCACUCACCAGCAUAUUCAGAAGAAACACCGGGCUGUUUUUUUUCAUUCCUGUCACACUGAGUUGCCUUUUUUUCUUUAACAAAAUGUGAUUUGUCCAUUUCUAAUAGAAAGCAGUCAGAUAUGACACAUAACAACUACCCUAUGUGUUUCAAUCAGCCUGGACGACAUGUCAGUCUCCUUCUUUCACAUUGUUUUCUGUUAUUGCAGAAGAAUUAUCCCACAGGCCGGAGGUUCCCCCCCCCCCUCUUUGAACCACUGUACACUCUUCCAUUCCUGAUUUAAAGGUUCAGUGGGUAGGAUUUUGGUGACAUCUAGUGGUUAAUAGGCAUACUGCAACCAACUGAAUGCCUGGUUGCAGAAUAUGAAUGUUUGGUUGUUUGGGGCGACCGUAGAUGAAAACAGGAUUAGUAUUUUCCGUAUCCGGAUCCCUCGGAAUCUUUCACACUGAACCUUUAAUGCGUUGACUUAAGUGGAUUUUGGUUUAACUCUGUGUGUCUGCCUGUCUUACAAUCGCACGUUCCUUAACCAAGAAUCUGUUUUUUGUCAUUUAGGUGGUGAACGGCUCAUUUAUCAUAAACACUAAUAUACAGUAAAACAAGCUCAUUGUCGUGGAGAGCAUCUUCCGAAAACAUUUGCGUAAUUAGCUCGUGUUUUAAAGAACGUGUUGCCAACGUGUGUGCUCGAUGUCGAUAUUUGUGACAGUUAUGUUUCGUCUUGUAACAAGCUGAAUACGCCACGAGUGUGUGUGUGUGUUUCAGCGAAUCGACUGCCUCCUAUACUGUGAAUAAUCAUUGCACUGUACCACCAAUGUUGCUGCUUGGUGUCGCUGUAUGGCAGAUUUCGGUGAAACUUGAAACCUGCUGGUUCUCUGUCUCCAUCGUGCCAAGGACGGUGCAUAUGUGCGUCAGUACAGUGUGUUUGUGUGUGGACCAACCAUGUUUGCUCUGAGGGGACACUGGUACGAUAAUGUCUCAUGUGACCCGGUGUAAAAUGCCUCUUGAAUUGAAUUGUCCUUAUUAAAUACUUUCAUUCA